GUCUCACGCGGAAGUGAAGGCAGUGGACGGAGUGGUCGACAGCCUGCAGCCCACCUGCCCGAUAUCCUGCCACAAUGUUGCUUGGUCUGGGGAUCGUUUGUGUCGCCUUGGUCAUAUAUAUAUUAAAAUAUGUCUUCUGGAGCUCCGGGCCUAAUCCCUUUGAGACGGAUACCCGUGAACCGGUGAGAAAGAUGGUUCACGACAAGAAAGAAAAAAAAAAAGUUUUGAAGCAAGGUUUCCUGAUCAGUAAAGUACCUAAAGACUUAGACGCUGUUAUCAUCGGCAGUGGUAUCGGCGGUCUUGGGCUUGCGGUCUUGCUGGCUAAAGUUGGCAAGAAGGUCCUGGUCCUGGAGCAGCAUGAUCGGGCUGGAGGCUGCUGUCACACGUUCACUGAGAAGGGCUUUGAGUUUGAUGUUGGAAUCCACUACAUCGGGGACCUCCAGGACCACAAGCCGUUCCGCUGCAUGCUGGACAGCAUGACUAACGGACAGCUGCAGUGGGAGCCUCUGGAGAAUCCUUUUGACCAGGUAGUGCUGGGACCACCAGAAAACCGCCGCCGCUACCCCAUCUACAGCGGCAGGAACCGCUUCCCCGACGAGCUGAAAAAGUGCUUCCCUGGAGAGGAGAAAGCCAUCGACGAGUACCUGAGGCUGGUCAAGAAAGUCGGACGGGGCAUUUGGGUCCUCGCUCUCCUGAAGCUCUGUCCCGCUCCCGUGGCCAAGUUCCUGGUCUACACUGGCCUGGUCAGACGUAUGUCCGCUUUCUUCGAAAUGGCCCCCCGCAGCCUGACAGAAGUUGUCAACGGACUGACCGAGAACAAGGACCUCAGGGCUGUUUUCGCCUACAUCUUUGGCACCUAUGGUAACAUGCCUAAAGAUUCCAGUUUUGCAAUGCACAGCCUGCUCACCACUCACUACCUAAAUGGUGCCUGGUACCCUAAGGGCGGAGCCAGUGAGAUCGCCUAUCACAUGAUCCCCAUCAUUGAGAAGGCCGGUGGUGCUGUUCUUGUUCGAGCCCCCGUCAACCGCAUCCUGUUCAAUGAGGCUAAUGAAGCUUGUGGUGUGAGCGUCAUGAAGGGUGAAGAGGAGUUUCCUAUCCACGCCCCCAUGGUCAUCUCCAAUGCUGGCAUCUUCAACACCUACCAGAAACUGCUGCCCAAAGAGCUGCAGACCAUGCCAGCCAUCCAGAAGCAGCUGAGUAUGAUGAAGAACGGGGAAGGUGGCCUGAGUGUUUUUGUGGGUCUGAACGGAACCAAGGAGGAGCUUGGCCUGAAAGCAGACAACUACUGGAUCUUUACCGAGAACAACUUUGAUGAAAGGGUGGAGAAAUACUUAAAUGGAGACAGGGAAGAAUCUGCUAAAAGUAUCCCUCUCCUGUUUGUGGCCUCGCCUUCAGCCAAAGAUUCAACCUGGGAGGAGAGGUCACCAGGAAAGUCCACUCUGAGUCUGGUCAGUUUCGCCAACUACUCCUGGUUUGAAGAGUGGAAGGACGCAAAAGUGACAAACAGAGCGGAGGAGUACAAAGAGCUGAAACAGACGUUCAUCGACGCGGCUCUGAACGUGGUUCUGGAUAUCUUCCCUAAGAUAACAAGAGACAAUAUUGAGUACAUCGACGCCGGAACUCCCAUCACCAACACUUACUACAUCGGAGCUCCCAAAGGCGAAAUCUACGGAGCAGAUCACGGCAUCGGCCGCUUCAGCCCUGAACUCAGCGCCACAUUGAGACCUCAGACUCCUCUGAAGAACCUCUAUCUGACGGGUCAGGACGUGUUUUUGUGCGGAUUUGCCGGAGCUCUUGCCGGAGCGCUCACCUGCGGCUCGGUCAUUCUCAACCGCAACCUCCACCUGGAUGCCGUCGGCUUGGCAAAGAAAAUCAAAUUCAUGAAUGCCAAAUUGAAAGACGAGUAACUACAUGACAACAUCAAGCAGACUGAUCAUAUAUACUGUAAAAUAAUCCGUAAUCAAGCUAACACCAGAGCCAUAAAUAGAACUGUGUGCACAGACUCCCAGAGUUCACUAGAAAUAAAUAAUCUUUGCUCAAAUGAAGUGGAAAGAUGUUUUCCACAUCAACUCAACACACUGCACUAUGUAUAACUUUAAAUAUGCAUACCUACAAUAACACAUGUUUUAAUGACUCAUUAGUAAUGUAAGACGUGGAAUGUCUGAGUAAGAAGCUGCUGAGCUUUAACAGUAGGCCUACAUCUGCAAUAAUCGAAGCUAAUAUUACCUCAGUUGUGGAUGCAAUGCUUUUGUGAACCAUUGCUUAUGUUGACAUUUAUGUGCAUCUUGUUGUUUUUUAUUGUAUUCUCAAUUUCCUUUGGACAUAAGUGCCUACAGUUUUUGUUUUGCAGUUUGUAACGGGUUUAUGAAGGUUGCUCCCUUUUUUAAGAUGAAAGGGUAUAAACUGUAUAAACAUUGAA